UUUUGUUUUUCAUUUGACAUUGAAACUUUCUGUAUUCGUUGUAUUCAUUUGCUGGAGUUGAGUUAAGUUCAAAAUUCUAACCGCAGCACGUAUCCAGUCGGCAUUUGCUUGGAAAAACUAUACUUACUUUUCUAGAACACAUUUGAAUUCAAUUUCUUUUUGUAAAACCCUUUUUAAAAUGGCUGGUCCACUACCUCUACUCUCAACGGAAGCGGUUUACAAAAAAAUUGCCGACUAUUACAAAGAGAAUGGCGAAAAAAUUAACAUAAAAAAUCUAUUCGAAAGUGAUGCUGAGCGCUUCAAAAAAUUCAGCUUGCGCAUCAGUACGCCCAAUGAUGGCGACAUUUUACUUGAUUACUCCAAAAAUCGUGUAACCCCAGAAGUAUGGGGUCUUCUUUUGGAAUUGGCCAAGACGAGACGCGUUGCUGAGGCCCGUGAUGCCAUGAUGUCUGGCCAGGCCAUUAACAUCACCGAAAACCGUGCUGUAUUGCACAUUGCUUUGCGCAAUCGCGGUGAUGAGGCCAUUUUGGUUGAUGGAAAAGAUGUUAUGCCCGAUGUUCGUGCUGAAUUGACGCACAUGAAGGAGUUUACCAAUCAAGUUAUUUCCGGAGUUUGGCGCGGUUUCACUGGAAAGCAAAUCACAGAUGUCGUCAACAUUGGCAUUGGUGGCAGCGAUUUGGGUCCUCUUAUGGUCACAGAAGCUUUGAAACCCUAUUGCAAGGGUCUACGUUCCCAUUUUGUCUCCAACAUUGAUGGCACUCACAUGGCCGAGGUUUUGAAGAAAGUUAACUAUGAAACCACACUGUUUAUCAUUGCCUCCAAGACAUUUACCACACAAGAGACCAUAACAAAUGCCACCUCGGCCAAGAAUUGGUUAUUGGAACAAACAAAAGAUCCCUCAGCCGUUGCUAAGCAUUUUGUUGCUUUGUCCACCAACAAAGAGAAAGUCACUGAAUUCGGCAUUGAUAGCAAGAACAUGUUUGGUUUCUGGGAUUGGGUUGGAGGACGUUACUCCUUGUGGUCCGCCAUUGGCUUAUCAAUUUGUUUAUCCAUUGGCUUUGAGCAUUUUGAACAAUUGUUGGAAGGAGCACAUUUUAUGGACAAGCAUUUCAAAACCGCUCCAUUUGAGCAAAACGCCCCUGUCAUCUUGGCCAUGCUGGGAAUAUGGUAUUCCAACUUCUACAAUGCCGAAACCCAUGCCAUUUUGCCAUAUGACCAAUACCUGCACCGUUUCCCUGCCUACUUCCAACAAGGCGAUAUGGAGAGUAAUGGUAAAUUUGUUACCAAAACUGGCUCCAAAGUCGUCGAUUACAACACUGGCCCAAUUAUUUGGGGUGAACCUGGAACCAAUGGUCAACAUGCUUUCUAUCAACUUAUUCACCAGGGUACCCGUUUGAUUCCAUGUGAUUUCAUUGCUCCAGCAAACACCCACAACCCAAUUGCCGGUGGUGUCCAUCACAAGAUUUUGCUUGCCAACUUCUUGGCCCAGACUGAAGCUCUGGCAUAUGGCAAGACAUCGGAGCAAGCUAAGGCUGAACUGGAAAAGGCUGGCGUUAAGGGGGAGAAACUAGAACAGCUCUUGCCACAUAAAGUGUUUACCGGCAACCGUCCCACAAACUCCAUUGUUGUCAAGAAGCUGACUCCCUUCAUUCUGGGAGCUCUCAUUGCUAUGUAUGAACAUAAAAUCUUUACCCAAGGCAUUGUUUGGGACAUCAACUCAUUCGAUCAAUGGGGUGUUGAACUUGGCAAACAAUUGGCAAAGGCUAUUGAACCGGAAUUGGCCAACAAGGAUCCCGUUUCCUCACAUGACUCCUCCACCAAUGGUCUUAUCAAUUUCAUCAAAGCUAAUUGGUCUUAAAUCAAUCACCACCCCGCUUCUCCAAUACACUCAGCAGCAUUGCAAAGUUGUCUAGCGUACCUUAAACAUGUUAUCCUUAUUUUAAUUUUUAAAAAGAAAUUCCUUUGGAGAUAUGGUGCAAUCGGUAGAAUUAUUUGCUUAAUCUCUAAAUUUCCCCAAAACACACAUACUCACACAAAUUAGAAGCUUUUACAUACAAACGUUAUAAGAAACUAUUCUAUAGAAAACUAAGUUAAACGUGAAUAUCAGCGUUAUAUGCCCUCUGUCGUUGUCAUAUUUACACAAAUGAGAUAUACAAAUUGUUACAACCUAUUGUCGUAUAUACUUCAUCAUCAAAAAACACAUAGAUGUAGAAUGUAUUCAAGAAAAAACAAUAAAAAUACCUAUUUGUUAGAUGUUUUAAAAAAA